AUGAUUUUUCUAAAGUUUAUCAUCAGAUUGAUUUUAGCUAUUCAAUAUAUAAGACUAGUUACUUCCUAUUGCACUUAAGAUAAAUAAUUUGUGUAGAGAAGUGAUACCUUCGUCUAGCUUGUUUUUAAAUAUAACUAGUUUUUAAAUGUACUUGUUGCAUAGUCAGAUAAUAGUUAAUAAUUAACAGCCACUUCCAGUCUCUUUUAAGGUUUAGUAAUAAAUGAUUGUAGAGUUAUUUAAAAUGGUUGCAGUAUUUAAGAAUAACCUAGCUGCCCAAAUGAUAUUUUUAAUACUUUUCCUUGUUCUAUAUCAGGUUCUACAAUAACUCUAUAACCUUGGCAAAUUUCAUCAUUAAAAACAUACACUUUUAUGACUCUUUAUAUACAAGUUGAUUUUAAAAGUUCAUUAUCAAUCAAACCACCAUAAUAAUACGAUAUAUAAUAUAAUUACUCUUUCACAAGUUCCUCACAAAAUACUUGCACCACCAGCUAUAUCAUAUCACCUUCGAGACCAGCAUCUUUGUCAAUGUCUUUCUAGACUCCAACAACUUAAUAAGUAGUAUCAAGCUCUGCUCCUAUUUAGAUAAGUUAUACUCCUUAAUUUGACACAAGCUCUGAUUCAUUACAAAUCAUGAUAAAUCAACAGCAAUUUAAUUUAGAUUUUUCCAGCACUUUUACUUCUUAAUAGAUAUGGGCAUAUACAAGAGCAGUUUUUAAUCCUACAGGUCCUACUGUUAUGAGCACUUAAAAUUGCAUCCUUGAUUAAUUGAGUUAAAAUAGAUAUUAUUGUCUUUAGUUUAACUUAAAUUCAUAAUUCGUUUUCAAAUAGAAUUAAGCCUAUACUAUCCUCUUUUAUAAUCUAAACUAUCCUUUUCAUCCAUUAGGAUUUGCAGAUGUAUAAUUUAAAGUUAUGCAAUCACAAAAUGCCUGCGAAUAGGGUACUGUUAUUGCAAGUUCUGCUUUCAUGCCUACAAAUUUUAAACCCUAAACAGGUUUAUUAACUUUGAAGAGCAUAUAAUUCUGUAUUGACGUUAAUAACUGCUAAGCUACAGGAUAAGUGCUUGCAAAUUAUAAAACAGUUAGUAUAACAAUUUAAAAUCCAACAUUAUUAGCUACUGGUACAAGACUGGAUCUUAUUUUUAACAUGGAUUUCAUACUUUUUGCAAGUUCUGAUAACAACAGAGCUGUUUAAAUAUCGUUUGCAUCAUCAGGUCCAUCUUUAACUGGAUCUUUUUCAUUAAAUUAGCCAGCGAGUAAUCAAAUGUUGGCAAGUUUUACAUUGGCAAGAUCAUAUAUACCAGCAAAUGAUAUAACAAUUACAAUAUCUAACGCUUUCAUGGGAUUUGACACUAAGAAUACAUAUGCUUUCUAUUUAAAUGCAAUAUGCAGUUCAUCUUUAAGUAGUAAUCCAUCAACACCUACACCAUAAUACUAAAUGAAUUAUAGCAGUCUAUCUUUAAAUAAUAACGUUUUUAAAACCUUAAGUAUUGAUGGAAGUAUUCCAUUUUAAAUAGGCUAGUCUUCUAAUUACAACUUCAAUAUUAUACCUUCAAAUUCAUUUACUUCAAGCUAAAUGCAGAUAACUAUAACAUUCCCUUCUAACACUUAUAAAUUUUUAACAGCGACAAAUCCUUGCUAUGCAGUAACUCUAAAUGGUAGCAUUUAAAUAGAUUAGAGCAAGAUUACAGAAACAAAGAGAGACUCUACCUCAGGAACUGUUAUUUUAUAAAUAGCUUUUCCUACCCCUUAGACUAUAACUAGUUACUCAGUAAGUAUUUGCAGUGUGUAAAAUCCUAUGGUGACAGGUUCUUCUGGUAAUAUUUAAGUAGCAGCUAACUAUGGAUCAAAUAAUUUUUUAACAGAAAAUGGUUCUGUCUCAACCACAAUUUCACCAGCUCCAUUUGCUACUGGAACUUCAGUAGCUCCUAAAGACAAUAAAAUAAUGUAAACUAUGGCCUCAAAUGGAUAUACCUUUACAUUAAAUUUACCUGUCUAAUAAAAAGCUUAAAAUACUUUAAAGAUAGUUUUCCCAAAUUAUUUAGCAAAUAGCAUUACUUUUUCCUCUUCUUCUGUAACAUUCAAUAAUUAAUAAACUAAUUAGCAGCCUAAUAUUUAUUGGUAAGGCUAACUAGCUUCUGAUGUUACUACUGCCAUUACUAUCACUUUUACAGGUUAUAAUCCUCCUUUAACAUAAACUAAUUAUGUCUUCAAAGCAACAAUGUAUGAUAGCAAUGGAAACCCUUAAUUGAGUUCUGAUAUUACUUUAUCCACUGCAGCAUAUACACCUGCUACCUGUGGUUAAAUUUUAAAUAAUCGUUCAUCUAAAUAGAAUGGUGAUUCUACAGACUAUACUUUUACUAUUAAUACAAAUUAUUUCAUGGAUCCAAGUUUAAAUUUUUUUAUGAGAAUUCAAUUAGAUCCCACAUAAGCUGUAACAAAUUUAAAUGUGUAAGAAAUUUCAAAAAAUUUAAAAGGCCUCACUUCCACUUAGACAAAUGAUGGUGCAGCAAAUAAUUAUAUCGAUAUAACAGCAAGCUAAGGCAAUAGCUUUUAAUAUAUAAGUGGAUAUAACGCAUAAUUUAUAUUCAAAAUCCAAACAAUUACAAACUAUAGGAGUACAAAACCAAUUACUGGAUUAUAAAUUAUUUCAGGAAUUUCAGCAAAAAGCUUAGGAUGUACCUAGACAUACUCUUGGAAUGAUAAUAUAGUUAAGCCACUUUCAUAAAAUUCUGUAUCUAUAACUAAUAUCGAUAAGCAAUAUUUUGAAUAACAAGCCACCUAUAGUUUCAAAAUCUAAUUAGAUAUUGCUAUUCCAUAGAAUGGUUAUUUUGAUAUUGUAGGAUCUUAAAAUUUUCCAACUACUGUUUAAAUAAAUAGUAAUCCAGCUUCUAUGUUUACUUUUACUCCAUUAACUAAUCCUUCAAGUAAAAUAAGAAUUACUUGUAUUUAACAAUCAUGUACUACCUUUACAUUAAUAAUUAAUCCUAUUUCUAAUCCUAAUUAUGCCUCAUUUUUAAAUGGUAAUACUCCUAUUCUAACUUCUAUCUCAACUUAUGAUUAGGCAGCUAGUGAUUACUUAAUUUAAUCAGUUUAAUUUAGUUUAAAUUCUCUUAAUUAUUUCAAUUAAUGCUACACAUCCUAACCUUAUAAAAGUUUCUGCAAAGAUUGUUAAAACUCUAAUUAAAAUUAUUGUACUUCAUGCUACUCUGGUAGUAUCUUUAACGGAUAAACUUAUAAUUUGCUCGACACAAUAAAUAAUGUAUGUGUUUCUACUUGCCCUACUAUCUCUUAUAAUAAUGGAGCUUCAUAGUGUGUAAAAUGCAUUAAUAACUGUGCAACUUGUACUUCUGCUACAACUUGCUAAAGUUGUGUUUCUCCAUACUAAUUAUAAGACACUACAUGCUAAUAAAACUGCAAUCCGACUUAUUAUUCUGACUCAAAUAGAGUGUGCCAAAAAUGUGAUUAGACAAAGUGUCUUAAUUGCUAAGGAUCAAGCACUAAUUGCUUAAGUUGUUAACCUGGAUUUGGUUUGAUUACUGUGUCAGGAUAAUCCUCUUGUGUAAAUUGUAGCUAAACACCUGGUUACUAUGAUAAAAAAGAUAACUCAGGUACAUGUGGUAUUUGUAAUCCUUUAUGUACUUAAUGCUCUGGAAACGCAAACAAUUGUAGUGCUUGUGUAUAAAUUUCAAAUGGAUAAGCUGUUUAUUUUAAUCCUAUAGCUAACACUUGCACAACAAGUUGUGAAAGAGAUGGCUAUAACCUAUUAAAGUAAGGAAACACUUAUGUUUGUGGAGUAUGCACAAAUUCUUGUAAUACUUGCAAAAAUUAAUCAAGCUAUUGUACAAGUUGCAGCUCACCACUUUAUUUGUUACAAAAUAAAUGUAUAACGAAAAGUGAAAUUACAGAUGGUUUUUAUCCUAAUGACGCUCAGCAUACAGCAGACUCUUGCUCAUCAGUAUGCACUAAGUGUGUUUCGUCUUAGAUAUGCACAAGUUGUAUCCCUAAUUUCUUUAUGGUGGCUGGAUAAUGCUUAUCUUAAUGUCCAAAUAAUCUACCUGUUCCUGAUGGCUCAGGAGGAUGUAAAGAAGAUACUUCUUCAAAAGUAAGCAACAUUUAAGAUGAUAAUAAGGUAGUUCCUUUCCCAAUGCUCUUAGCUUCAAUAGCUUUUUGUAUUUCUAUAUACUUCUCUAAGUAUGAGUAUCAUGCAACAUUUGUUCCUGGUUGUGUUGUUGGAUUUUGCUCCUUGUUUGAAUGGAUUUCUUGGAUAGCACUCAUUGCAACUGCUUCUGAUUACUCAGGAAUGUAAAGCGCUGCUGCUGUUUUAGCACUUUUAGGAUUCUUAUUCUUAUAUAUUAUAAAUAUUAUCCAAUUUAUCAUGAUGAAAAAAUACAUAGAAACAGAUACAGUUUUUAUGGAGUGGGUCUUAAAUAACCAUAAAAAUAAGGUUUGCUUUACUAUAAUUAAAUAUGCUUCUUUGAUAAUUAGUUUUAAGGCUACAAGAAUAAUAUUCUCAAAGUAUUUCAACUAAGGCUUCUUCAAAGCUAAGUUAAAUAGCAUUGAUCUUUUCUCACCUUUCAAUAAGUUAGCUAUUGUCAGCGUUUUAAUGAACAGUAGUUUAAUUAUUAUUUCAUCAGCCAUUGCUACAUAUACUUACGCUAAGCAAACCUAAGGAUUUUUCCUUGGAUUAGAUAGCUUGAUAGUUACUAUUAUGAUGAUUAUUUUUAUGAUUUGGGAUUCUCUAAAGAAAAAGGAUUUCUUUGAGGAGCCUGUUGAUUUAAACCAAACAUUUAGCUAAAGAUUCUUACCAUUCGACUAAUCAUACAUGGAUAGAUUGCACUCUAAAGUAUUGGAAAAUAGUGCUAGAAUGAAUCGUGGAGAAUCAAAUUCAAGUCUGGUUGAUUUCAAAGAGAAUAAGAAAGUAACUGUCCACGAAGGUCUUCAAAAACCAUUACAGUAAGUACUAGAUCCUAGUGAAAUGUCUGCAAAUGCUAGUAUAGACAAAAAUGUUCUGAAAAAUUCUGAAAAUGGAGCUUUUUAUUUGAUCUAGGAUCAUUUGUACGAAAGCUAUAAACCUGGACCUAACGGUGGAAAAAGACACUUUGAAAAGAAACAUAUAGCUCCUUAAUUCGACUAUUCAAAAUACAACCCAAUUUAAGAGCAUUCUAAUGAAGAUGAAUUAGAUGAUGACGAUGAGCGUAUGGACCUAAAGAACAGGCAAGGAUAGAUGAUGUUUGACUAGUCAGGAUUAGUUAAAGAGUCAAACAUGGAAAAUUAAAGAGCAUCAAAAGGAAAGAGAAAUUCACCAGGUGGUGGAUAAUAUGGCAAUCAAUACUAAGAUGAGGAAGAACCUGUGCCUCAGAAACCUAAUACUCGUCAUACAGUAUACUACAAUGAGAAUGUUUAGGGAAUGCUUAACAGUGUUUCAACAAAAGGUGCAAAUAAUUCUUAACUUUAAAACUAGGAAGGAGUUAGCAUAGGUGUUAAUAUGAACUAAGAAGAAGAUGAAGAAAAUAGAGAAUUAAGAUAGAGAUUGUACUCAAAACCUAGCGAUAUUAUGAAUGGUGAUCAAUCAAACCCAUCUGCUGUCGCUGCAGCUAUGAUGAUGAGACAAUCAUAUUCGCCUAAAUAGAGCAACUUAUAUGAAAAUUAAAAGACAUCAAAAACUGAAGGAAACAGAUAAAGUAUUAAAAAUAACUCUACUUUAAAUAAUUCUCCUUCAAGCAAGUCGAAAAAGAAAACUUCUCCAAGUAGAUCAAGAAGUAUUUCACCUUCCUUAGCUAAAAUUGAAGAUAAAAAGAUGAAAAAAUCCACCUCUCCUAAAAAACAAAAAUCUCAAAAUUCAGAUGAAGAAAAUAAUAUGAGAAAUAGCUAAACUUCAAAUAAGUCUGCAAAAUCCAAUAAAUCUAAAAAAAGUUAAAAGAAAGGAAAAGGAAAUGAUGAUGAUAACAUGCUUUUCUAUUUUGCUCAUCCAGUAGAUGGAGAUUAAGCUUUACCUCCUAACUAGGCUAAUAAGAACAGCUAAAAGAAAAAAGAAAAUAAUAAUUAGAAUAAGAAUAAUGGAGGUAGUAAAGGUAACUAAAAUGAAUAAAGUGAUGAUAACAAAGUUGAAAGAAUCAUGCCAAUAGAAGAAAAUCUCGAUGAGCCUUUAGCAGAAUAAAAGCAAGUUUAACCCAAAUACGAUUUAGCAAACCAAAUGAAAAUGAAAGGACCCUAUAAUAAUGAUAGAAUAAAAUCUAAUAAAGGCGGUCUUAUGGGAGUUGAGAACGAAGAUGACCCAGAGGAUUUACAAAACAGAUCCAAAGGAUUAAACUAUCAAGGAAGCUAAGACAUAGAUAGAAAUAUUUAUGACUCAAGCGAAAGUGUUAGAACAGCUGAAGAAGCUGAUAUGAAUUACAAUGAAGUUAGUCCAUCAGAUUUUAAUGUAUUAAAUCAGAGAUACGAAGAAGACUUUUUUGCAAUAUAACUAUAACAAUAAAUAUAGCGUUAGUAGUAAUUAUCUGGAAAUAAUUUGAUGAUAAAUCCAGACAUAUAAUCCAUACAAAUGGGAUCCGUAAUUCAAAGUCCUAAUAACUAGCUUCUUUCAUCAUAAUAAGCUUAGCUUAUGGGAGGAAGCGUGUAACAACGUCCUCCUCUUAUUCUUGCUAAUAGUAAUUCAAAUAUAUCUAUAGCUAAUCCUAAAACCACUAAAUCAGCUGGUGGCGGAAAAAAGAAAUCUAAAAGCAAAACUCGCAGUAGCUCUAAAAAUCACCCUAAUUUGAGCUCUCAAAAUAAUCCAUUUAAUCAUGCUGUUAUUCACUAAGGUUUAAUGACACCUUCUUCAGGAAGCGUACAAGGCAUGAGAAGUGGAUAAGGUUUUAUGUAGUAAGAUAUUGAUCCUAUGACAUAAAAAGACUCACCUGUUGGUAGCCAUAGAACUGGAAGAGGUGCUGAUGUCUAUCAUAGCAGCCAUAGCAGAAAUAUUCGUCCUAACUCUUAAGAUUAGUCAGAUGGCUUUAUGAGAUCAAAUACUCAAAAUAUGUAUCACACAUCUAAUUCUAAAACUGGAAACCCAAUGGCUAGUAAAGUUAGCGGAGGCGGUUCAAGAAUGGGCAACAUCUCUCCUUCUAACAGCAACUAAGUAAUUACAUAUAAAGUUCCUUAAACAGAUAUAAACAAGCUUAAGAGUUUGGAAAAAAUAUAUCUGUAAAGACUUGAAAUCCAAGGUAACAACAAUGCCCAAUCCUCUAACAAGAAACCAAAGAAGAAUAAAUAACAGCACUCAGGAAAUGUAGCUGAUUUCAACAAUGACUUUGACCAGAAUUCUGUUCAUAGCUCCCAAAUGCACAACAUGAAUGGAUUCUUUAAACCUGAUAGCAGAUAAGCUAGAGAUACUUCAGAUAUCCAUGCUCCUUCAGCUAUCUUAAUGGAAGACCCUAAUUCUAUGGUGAUAGCAGAUUUUGGAGAUGAUAUUUACAAAGACUGA